AUGCCUACUUGCGACGAAGCUGUGGAAUCUUGCGACGAAGCAGUGCCCUCUUGCGACAAAGCAGUGGCAUCUUGCGACGAAGCAGUGCCCUCUUGCGACGAAGCAGUGCCCUCUUGCGACAAAGCAGUGCCCACUUGCCACGAAGCAGUGCCCACUUGCUACGAAGCAGUGCCCACUUGCGGCGAAGCUGUGGAAUCAUGCGACGAAGCAGUGCCCUCUUGCGACAAAGCAGUGGCAUCUUGCGACGAAGUAGUGCCCUCUUGCGACAAAGCAGUGCCCUCUUGCGACAAAGCAGUGCCCUCUUGCGACAAAGCAGUGGCAUCUUGCGACGAAGCAGUGCCCUCUUGCGACAAAGCAGUGCCCACUUGCUACGAAGCAGUGCUCACUUGCUACGAAGCAGUGCCCUCUUGCGACGAAGCAGUGCCCUCUUGCGACAAAGCAGUGCCCUCUUGCGACGAAGCAGUGCCCUCUUGCGACGAAGCAGUGCCAUCUCAUUAG